GCCAGCGCUGCUCCGCGCUCUGCAAACCCCGGUCGGCGCGGUGAGCCGUGCCCGCCCCGCUCCCUCCUGCCGCUCAGCUUCGCUCUUCUUACCGAUGGAUUUUCUUUUUUGGGGGGAGCUGUAUUUGCUCCUGACAUCUAGCGGCGCCUCUCUGCAGAGCGCUGAGUCACUCGGUGCCCGGUGCACGAGUCGCUGCCCCCGGGCUGCAGCAGCGCGGCUCUGCUUUCUGGGUCGCAGAGGCGGUUGGAUGGAUGGGGUCGGUGCACGGGAAGGAGCUCUGCUGAGCGGUUGGGGCUGCAGCAGCUCCUGGUGUGCGAUUUGCAAGGCUGUGCAAGUUGUGAAGGAGCCCUGAGGCCGAGCUCAGCCACGCCGAUGCCAUGGAGGGGGCUCUGCCCACGCUCCCCCCAGAGCUGAUAACGCCGGGGCUGAAGAAGUCUCACCCCCCAGCCCCCCACGAAGCAGCCAACACGGCUGUCAUCGCAGUGGUCAUCACGCUGGUGUUCCUCACCCUGCUGACGGUGCUGGUGGUCAUCGUCAUCUACCUGUACAGAAACAAGGGCAGCUACCUCACCUACGAGCAGCCGGUGGCCGAGGAGGAGGCAGCCGUGCAGAUGGAGGAUGAGCCAUCCAAGGAGAAAGAGGAAUAUUUCAUAUAGGGUCCAUCUCAUGUCGCCUGAACCUCCUGAGUCUGAUCUCUGGCAGCUUUUCUUUUCUUUUUCUCUGUAAUUUAUUAAUUAAGGCAGAGGAAGGUGAAGGCCAGGCAUGCUGCUGCCUGCCUGCAGCUCCGCACCCCAUCCCCUCCCUAGGGUGAAUUCAAUACAGCCCAGUGACAAACGCUCCAAGAA